AUGUUAACAUUAACAAGUGAUUUUGAAUCGGAUUCAUUCAUGUCGGAUUUAUCAAUUAAUAAAAUCAAUCAAGAUAAUAAUUCAAUAGAAAAUAUUCCUCGAAAUUUCGAUAUUCAAGGAGAUAAAUUAAAUGAAAUAACAUCAAAUAAUAGACAAUUAAUUUAUCUUCAAAGUCAAUUAGCAAGAUUAAGAUCAGAAUUAGAAAAAAGUGAAAUGUUAAGACAAACAUUAGAAUAUGAAUUAACACUUAUUAGAACACAACAUGGAAAACAAACCGCUUUUACAAAUCAAUUACAAUAUCAAUUUAAUCAAGCUAAUGAACAAAUAAAACAACUUCAAUCGGAAAUAACAAUGAUUAAUAAUGAAAAAGAUUAUAAAAUAAAAGAAAAAGAUGAUAAAAUAAAAGAAUUGGAAAAGGAAGGUGAAACAUAUCAUGAUCGAGAAAGACGUAUUCAAACUUUAAAUGAACAAAUUCAAAAAAUGGAAAAAACAUUUUCUGAUUCGGAAUGUUUAUCUAGACAAAAUUUAGCUCAAUCGAUUUUAGCUAAAGAGCGUCAAGCUGAAUUAAAAAAAGAAUAUGAGGUUAUUAAAAUAAAACUUGAAUAUAGUGAACAAUCACUUGAACAAGAACGUGCCCUUUCAAAUGAAGCUAAACUCAAUGUUCAAUUAUUAAAUAAUCGUUUAUCUGAUAUGGAAACAAAAUGUGAAACAUUAAAAACAAAUUGUAUAAAUCAAGAAAGAAAAAUUGAUGAACUUGAAAGACAAUGUUCAAAUGAAAAACUUCUUCGAACAACACUUUCAAAAAUUCAAUCAGAUUUAGAAACAAAUUAUGCUCAAACACAAAAAAUAACGAUUGAUUAUGAAAAACAAUUAAAAAAUCUUCGAGAUGAACUUGCUAAUUAUCGAAGAAAAUUUCGAAAUAAUGAAGAAAAAUAUAAUCAAAUUGUUAAUAAAAUAUUUGAAUAUCUUCGUUUAACUAAAAUAAUUAAUGAAACAACAAAUCAAUCUGAUCUUAAUUUACCAACAUUAAAACAAUUAGAAGAACUUAAAAUAAAUAUUGAACAAUUAAAAAAUUCAAAAAUUGAACAAACAAACGAAAUAACUCGUUUAAAAAGAACAAUUGAAAGAUUAAAUAAAAAUUCAUUAAAUCAAAAACAAGUUGAACAUCAAACAGAGAUAAAUCGAGAAAAAUUACAAAUUGAAGUUGAUGAAUAUCGAGAAAAAAUUGAAUUAUUUGAAGAAAAUGUUCAACGUUUAAAAAAUGAAUGUCAACAUUUAAUUAAAGAAAAUGAUAAAAAAAAUCUUUUAUUAAAUAUAAUUGAUGUUAAAAUAAAAAAUUUAAUUGGAAAUAAUUCAACAAAUAUUGAAAAUAAUUUAAAUGAAUUAGAAAAACAAUGGAAAAAUAUUCAAAAUAAAAUAAAUUCACUUGAAGAUAAAUUAAUUGAACGAGAUAAUGGAACAUUACAAUUAACACAAAAACUUGAAGAACAAGUUUUUCAUCUUAAACAUGAUUUAGAUCAAAGACAUAACUUAUUUUUAACACAAAAAAAUCAAUUAUUACAAUCAAAUCAAAAUCAUAUUCAAAAUUUAACAUUACAAUUACAAAAAAUGGAAAUUCGUGCAAAUGAAAAUGAAGAACUUUUAAAAAUUUCUGAUGAAACAAAUAAAAAAAAUGUUGAUGAAAAAGAUAAAUUAAAUAUAAUAUUAAAACAUAUUAUUUCAUUAUAUGUUCCAAUUCGUCAACGAUAUAUUCAAUUAAUUGAUUCAAAUCGUUUUAUUAAACAAGAAUUAAAUAAAUUUAAUAAAAUAAAACAAAUUCUUAAUUCAAAUAAUUUAAUUGAAAAAAAAUCUUUUAGAAUAUAUGUUAUAUCAAUUAUUGCAUUUAAUAGAUUUUCUUUUUUUAUUAAUAAAUCAUCAAUUAAAUAUAUUUUUUCUUCAAAUAUUAUUUAUGAUCAAUAUAUUUUAUCUUCAUUUAAUUUUCAUUUUAUUCAACUUAUUAAUAUUGAUCACAUUUUUCAAUCAUUUUUUAUUCAAUUAAAUAGAUUUUAUCCAACUAUUACAAAAGGAUCAUUAAUUAAAUUAAUUGCUGGAGGAGUUCAAACAUCAUCAUCAUCAUCAUCAUAUAUUAAGAGUUGUGAUCAUCUUCAUUCAUUAAUUCAUCGUCUUGAUCAAUCAGAAUCAAAAAUUCGUGAAAAAGAAAUUGAAUGUUCAGAUCUUCGAAAAAAAUUAAAAAAUAUUCAAUGUGAAAAUGAAUCUCGAAUUGAUUAUUAUAAAUUUGAACGUAUUUGUGAUGAAUUACAACGAGCAUUAGAUAGAGAAAAACAAGCACAAGAUUUACUUAAUCAACAAAAUAAUCAAUUAAAAUCUUUAACUGAUAUUCUUCAUCAAACACAAAAAGAAAAAGAUUUUAUUCAAGAUAAAUUUAAUCAAAUUAGUUUAAAUGAAAUUUGUUCAAAAGAUAAAAUUCAACAAUUAACUAAAGCUCAACAACAAAUGGAUGAAAAUGUUAAAAGAGCUGAAAAAGCCAUUCGUCUUGUUGUUAGUGAUAAAGACCAAAUAUCAUCUUAUUGUAAUAGAAUUAAUUCAGCAUUAAAUCUUAGUGAAAAAUCUGGAUUUGAAUAUGUUGAACAAUUAAUUAGUCAAUUGGAUGCACUUGUUCAACUUUCACCUAAUUCCGAUCAAUAUAAUAAAUCUCCACCGGAAAUUAUUUCAUGUCAAACAAUGGUUAUUGGAUUUGUUAAUUUAUUAAAUCGUCUUAAACAGUUAAUAAUAAAUAAUAAUAAUGAUAUUCAAUCAUUAAAAGAACAUUGUCAAAUGUUAACAGAACAAUUUCGUCAAUUAUCUCAACAAGAUAUAUCACAAAUUGAUUCAACCCAAACCGUUAUUCUUCAAUCUUAUCCUCUUAGACUUCAAGUUAAUCAUCAUCCUCAAUCAGCUUUUAAACCAAUUAAACCUCAACAAGAUUAA